AUGUGGAAGGUCCAGUCGGAAAAAUACGCGGUCGAAUUUGCGCCGACCACGGCAUUGCCCUUCUCGCUGGGCCGACUCGACGGCAUGCCUCGCUGCGUCUCGCGGCAGCAGGCCACGCUCGAGCCCGCUCCUGACGAUGAGGCGCGACUGCUGCUCACUUCGCGCGGCCACGCUGAGACGGGCGUGCGCACGAGCAACUCCUGGAUCUGGCUCCGGAAAGGCGAGUCGGCAAUCAUUGCGAGUGGGUCGGAGAUCGCACUUACCUGCGGCGUGCCUCCCAGCCGUUCAGUUCAAAAGCCCGAGGAGCCGCUGGAAAACGUAGUGCUCAAACUCGUUGCGUUACAGUCUCCUCAGGCAGCCAUGCCGCCACCAGCCCGCUCGCCGGCCACCGGCAACGCAGCCUCGCGCACGGAACCACGGUACAAUGCGUGGGGUUCUCCAAUCCGCUCGGACGAUGACGACGAGGAGGAGAAGGAUUCGCCGCCAGCGAAGCCCCCGCCGCCCGAGUGUCCGUGCGGCGCCGGAAGUUUCGUGGAGAAGCUCUCCCGGAGUGAGAAAAACUACAAUCGCCGCUACUACGAGUGCCCUCGCCGCUACAUCGCUGCCGGUUGUCCCAAGAAGCACGACUUUGAGUGGGCCGAUCUCUGGGUCGACCACGACACUGCAGAACGGCGGAAGCGGUCGAGAUCGGUGUCUCAGAGCAGCAACGGCCGGCGGGAUCAGUGCCACCGCUGUCUGCGCUUUGGCCACUGGGCGAGAGACUGCCGCAUGCGCUUUUGA